AUGGCUCGUAUCGUGAAACCAAAGGGCUCCGUUUGGAACCCGCGAACCGUGACCGCGCCUAUCGCGGCAGUAAUUAUGGCCGGCCUUCUCUAUACCUACGCAAUUACCUCUAUACGAGCCGCAAAACGGAACGCGAAACUACAUCGAGAAGCCGACGGCGGCCAGCUUGACAUGCGCCGUGAGAGCUUGCGCAGACACGGUUUAUUGGACCCCGUCGAAGGCACAAAAGGCUAUGAGCUUUUCAGAGAUGCCAGAGCAGAUGCCAAACAAGAGUCGAAGUUUCUCACAGAGAAGAAAGCGAAGCCGCUGGGCGCAGACCAGAGGGAAGAGACUGGCACGCCGCGGACCGAGAACGAAAGUGUGCUCGAAGCCUAUCGAGGUUCAGCAGCCCUGCAAAAGCUGAAGGAGAGUCAACCUCGAGAAUAA